GGAAAUCAGAUAGCUGAUAAAUCUUCAUUGCAAAGCCGAUGACAGAUCGAACCUUUUGUAAUUAUAGGAAUGGAACGGACGAAUCAUUUAAGGAUUCCAUGAAGAAAGGCAUCGAUCGCAACCGAUGGAUUAUUAUGAGAUUCUGAAUGAGGAUAUCUCGUUCUUUCUCUGAUUUGCUCAAUUUACAGUGAGAUAUAUUUGUUCAUGCCAGUAUGGUAGGAUACAAAUCAAAGAAUUUGUACGGAAGCCUACUAGCUCGUCUCAUUGCAGCCAAACCGCAAAGGAUCGUAAUCGUAGUCAAGAUUCGAACAACAAACAACAGAUUCGAGGCUCCAAGGGUUCGGAGUGAAAAUAAAUUUGCGGAGUGCCACUCAACACUCAAUAAUCCGCCGGUUCUGCGGGCUAUGCGCAAUUUCCAGAUCUCAGAUCCAGAAACAAAGUCAUUUUGAUCUAGUGCUGCCAUAAAUGUCGUUGCUCUCAUCUUUUGUGUAGUUUACAGAAAAAGCGCCAGGCUUGUGAAAAGCCGGAAGAAUGAAACGAGAAGAUGCUCUUACUGGCCUGGCCGUCUCUUUUUUUCCCCGCCGACUUCUUUCAUUCAGCGUCGUUCUCUUACCUUGGGGUGAUAAAGCUGGGUUCGAUCCAAGGCGUGGAAAUGGCUACGGGUACUUGUCAUGUUCGGUGUUCAAGAACAAUUAUCAGUUUAUACAAGCCCAAUACAAAUGGAUGAUUUUCAUUCCGUGAUCCAGGAGUCCCUCACUUGUCGACCUCAGGAUUAUAUUUUCUGUGGUGUCCAAUGACCAACACAGGGAUCAAGUGAUGCAGAACAAGACAGUCUUUGUGUGAUGGCGCGCUCCAUUAUGGCGGUGUCACGUAUAGUCCUCAGCUUGUUUGUGUUCUUGGAGUUUCUUCUUGUCUGCAACUGCGGCCUGACACGAGAGAAGGUUCGUCUGAAGCGUGCACUUGACGACGAUGACAUUGUACUCGGUCUGAAAAUGUACGAGUCGAAGAUGUCCCAAAUGCAGACAAAAAUCUCAGCACAGCUGGCAAUCAUGCAGAAACAGAAAAAUCGGAUCCAGGCCAUCAAGUUUUAUUUGAAACUUAAGGGUGAGGAUUACGAGAAAGAUGAUCUUGAGGGGAAAAUUACUUUUGACACUGAUAAGGCGAAAGAGAGCUUGCAGCUCGCCUCACUAGAUAAUCUGGUGCGUGAAGUGGACCAUCAAGAGACGUGGCAGAAGGGUCUCCUAGAUGCACUUAAGAAAGAAAACGAAGUCAUGGAUGAUAUUCACCUGCGUGUUUUGGACAGUCGAGCGAUCUGUCGAGAUACUACAACAGACUGGAAAGAUCAGGCAAGCGGCACGAUCAGAGAACUCUCCAGGCAUUAUGUCAAGUGCAACGAGAACGAGCUUUUGCAGAGAUUUUACUUAGAAAGGAAGUCCGCGUCUGAGGACAAACUGAGAUACAAUUAUCGAUGCUGUCGGUUGAGCAUGAAGGAGAACUGGCAAAGGCCCGAUGACAUGUGACUUGUAAAAACUGUUACUGGUAUUGUUAGUGAAUUAACGACUGUUGGUGCUGAAAUUGUACUGCUGUUUGUAGUUAGGGCGAGAGACUAUAUUGGAACAAUAGGUUGGUAUUCUGUUAAGGUAGGCGGCAACAGUUCCCAGCAAUUUCUAAGACUCUGAUCCCCAUUUACAAAUUUUUUUCAACUUUGCCAAAACUUGCACCUUACCCUGCUAAUCAAAAUUCCAUAAAAAAAAAAAAGAAAAAAGAAAAAAAAAAACUGGGGGUCACCGAGCUCGCUCUUGAGCUAUUAGCAGUUAGAGCUCGAAUUAAAGGUGUUUUUAAUCGAUAAUACCGUUGCUAUGUUAACCUAUUGGAUCACGAAAAUGAUAACGUGUUAACUAAUGAUUGGGCCGUUUUUUGAUACCGUGAUUGUAGCUUUAUCUGAUAAGGAGUGGUUGUAAUGACCUAUCAAAACCUAAGACCUGGAAAGUGCUGGAAAGGUAAUCGUUGCACAUUAACGCGACUGACCCGAGCGAGGUUGUACGGGAAAAUGUAACGCGCCACCAAGAGGUCGCGGAAACGAGAUAAGACUCGGGCUCGCGUUUUCAUUAACUUUGGUUAAGGGGACAGAAAAUCCUCUAGGAUCAACCUCGGGCAGUUCUGGGCUUUUCAUUGAACUAGCUGAAAUACUGAUCUCCGCAGAAUACGUUUUUUGCCAAUUUAUCAUUAUCUUCAAGGUGAAGAUGUAGAAUUUAUGAGCAUCCAUAAAAGAUACAGCGAAUAAUGAUUGCAAUUCGCUGUGACACUGAUUUUCUGAAAUAACUCCAAAAUUGAUAAAUUCACAAAUAAUAUUCUCUUCGAUCAGCUGCCAGGUCGUAAAGUCGAACUGCAGUAUUCACAACAGCGUUUUAAAUCUCUUUAAUUUAUGUACUCUGCAUAUCUGUGUGGAUAAGUUUAGAAUUCUCAGUUACAGCUGUCUGAAUGUGGGUGUAUUCCCUCUAGCAACAUUUACUAUUUGCAUAUUUUUAUUGUACUUUGAAAUUUAUCGAACUAUAAAUAUUGAAUUAACUUACUUAAGCGCAGCAAGAGCUUUAGCCACUCCACUUAUCAUUUUUAUAAUUUUAACGAUCGAUAUACACUAUUUUAUUUGUAACAAUCGACGGGAAAUUAUGAACUGAAAACCAUUUCGGUUUUGAGUACAUAAAUGAACAUUAAAAAUAAAAGAGUUUCCCGUGAUGCAAAAUUUGCUAUUGAUAAGGAAGUUAUUUGGUCUGUCAAGCGUCAAAUCUGGGAUUAUUUAUGACCUAACAAUGCUGAAGAGCUUAAAGUUUAAAGAGACGAACAAGUUAAUGCUGAAGAACAACGCUGGAUGAAAUGAAGAUGGCUGGCUAUUUUAGACCCUUCAUAGCGUCUUGUCUUUAUUGUCGUUCUUGCGGUAAAAACCAUCCAUUAAACGCCCUCGUUUUCUAAAACAUAAAUAAACAUCCUGCAGCAUUAGUGACGUACAUAUUGAGUUUAAUUUAUCCAAGGCAUACAGAUUAUCCCUUGCUAUUUUUUUCCUUGUUCGAAUCGACUCAGCAAACGAUGCUAUAGAGAAGACUUAACGAUGCCAUGUCAGUGAGUUUUAGACAUAAGGACGGCUCUUAUAGACCAUGGAGUUUUAUCGUAUUCUAAGGUAAGGUCUAAAUAUUAUAUUUAUCCAAAGUGGAUCUGAAAAUUUGUGUAGAAACGAACUUAACCGUUAAGAAUGGCGUACUGAAGAAUCACAUGUAGUAGAUACAUGUUUGAUCUUUCUCUGGUAUUUUUUCAAAAAUCGAGCCUGGGUUGUUAGUGAAAUUCCGUAUUGAGACCGCUAUGCAACCCAGCCUAAAACAAGCAUUUUACACAAUUUUUCAGACUGAACUGCAGAAGUAAAUAUUAGACUUUCAGUUGCUAGUCUAGCGGCAGUAUUGAUAUUGUCUUUCUUCGUGGAUCGACAAAUACUAUUUACAAAAAAAAAAAAAAAAACAAGAAGAAGGAAAUACUUGGAAGAAUACAAAGGUUUCAGUUUACGCUCUCCAUUUUGUUUUUCUGGCCUUAUUUUUUCACACUCGUAGUUGGAAUAUCCAUGCUAAAGAAAAGGAAUUGCUAGAAGAAUAUUUAAUAACUUGCUUUGUGUUGAAUUUUGUCUACCUUUUUAUUUUCAUAUUAAUAUUGUAUUAUUCAUCUCAACACUCCAUUCUAUUGGCUGAAUAUUAACUUUGAUUUCUUAAGUCGUGCGGCGCCUUCAUGCUGGUUAUCGCAUUUGAUGGAUGCGUUUUUUUUCAUAUCCGAAUUUCCCUUACUUUUUCAACUUUCUGAAAUCUAAUUAUUCUAAAACCCGUUGACUGCAUUCUCUUUUUUAGAUUUCUCUUGUCAAAGAGAAAAUGCGAUGAAAAUAAAAAGCAUUCAGUUCAGAUUCAAACCGAUUAUUUUAUUGCAGACCACAGUGAACUUCAUACUGAAAUUUCAACUUUUUUUUAAGUACAAAUCAAACAUCAUCACCUACUGAGCUGCUUUUAAACAUCUCAAAAAUUUGUAUUUAAAAUUUGCCUUUUUUCACACUUAAGUAUUUAUACGCUGCUAAUAUUCUGAAUUCACUGCUUCCCUCUAGUGGUCAAUGCGUACUAAUGCUGACUAUAAUUAAACGGCUUCAAAAAUCCUAAGCGCCGAAAACGGCACAUGAAAUUAAAAUAUUGUUUUUGUCUAGUCUGUAAACUAGGGGCGACAAACAGUUUAAUGUGAUCUGUGUUUAAAAUCAUAACAUAGAAAUGGUAAAUCAUGUGGUAAAAUUGAUUGUCAAAAAACAAAACUGUCGGCUUCCGAAGAGACACUUUGGCUCCUAGUUGUCUUGCUUAUGUCAAUGUAUAUCAAGGUAACUUCCUUAUAGGAGGCCUUGGAGUAUUUUAUACGUUCUUCAGCGGUGGGAACUGAAUUAUUAUUUAUCACGCUAAAGUGACGAUACUUAGCACUUGGGAGUUUGAAUGGUGGUGAACAGUAUGAAGUGCCGCACUUUAGUAGUCGACUAGCUUUUACUGAUAGCACAGUCAACGUCGACUUGAUAAGAUUGCAAAGAUUUUAGACUCUGCUGAAGAAACUAAACCAGAUACCCAGGGCCUCCAGGAGAACAUAGAAUCUUUGAGAGAGGAGACAGAGUACUGGAAGAGCUUCAUGGAAGUGGAAGAAUGGAACAGAGACACGGUUCGUGAGGUUGAAACGGCAUGGAGGAAAAGAUCUCAAGGUGAUCCAUUGCAACCAGCGGUCAAACCACCGCUUGAGCAACUUGUUGAGAACGUGAAAGAACCUGUUGAAAAGCCACCUCCUCACGCACGGCCUCUCCGACGGUCACAUACGGACCCUACAGACCUUCUCUGGGUUUUCCGCAGACGAGCUUCCUUACUGAAACAACGCGUUCAACAAAAUAUCGCUUCAAGUCAAAGUAAUGAAUGCAAUGAACCUUAUCGAGUUGAAAACGAUGAAAGCAGCUCUCAGAUAAAGGAAGGAUUAAACGCGAGUGCCAUCGAUAAGGCGCGAAGCUCGCGUUCUGAGAGUCCUUCUUCUCAAGACAGCCACCCCAAGGAAUUCACCACGGAGGAUAGAGCCAGAGAGUCGAGCAGUGACAGCGAGACGAGAGAUGACACUCCGUAUGAGUGGACCGCCAUGCCAGUGAAGCAUCACGAUGAACCACGACGCAAGAUAUCUGCGCCCGCGUAUCGCCCUGGUCGGCGGGAUUCCGUAGUGGCAGUACAUGCGAAUCGAAGAGCGAGCGUAGCAGCCCCAAGACGCUUCAACCGAAGAGGAAGUGAGGCACCAGCUCUCACGGUCAUAGCGAGAAGGCGAAAUUCACAGUCACUGGCAUAUCCUGUGGGAUUGAGGAGAAGAAAUUCAAGGGCUGCCGGUUUAGAUAAUCAGCUCAGAGUACAAGCCAAGGCGAAGCAUGAAAUGCUAGCCAACCUUGUCCUCCCUGCAUUUAUCGACGAACCUCCAAGAACAAGAGAGAGACGAAUUGAAAGACGAAACACUUUUACAUUCCAAGCCCCGAGUAUGCGAACCAAGAAAGACGAAAAGAGAUACCAGGUUGCCAAGGAGAUCUUGGAAACAGAAAAGAAAUAUCUUUCCUGCCUAAGAACCCUUAAAGAGGUGUUUGAGGAACCAAUGAGAGAAAGCAAUUUAAUUCCGUCUAAAGAAAUUGACGUGUUGUUUCCAGGGGAGCUGGUUCAUAUCCUGACAAGUCACACUCAUUUCAUGAAGGAUUUGGAAGAAAGGCUUCAAAACUGGAAGUUACAGGGAAUUGUUGGAGAUAUAUUCACUAAACUUAGCGGCUCUUAUCACAUCGAUGUCUUACGUAUUUAUUCCAAUUACGUGAACAAUUUUCCCAAGGCAAUUGGCGUGAUAAACAAGAGUUCAAGAGGAUCUCAAAAAUUUAGGAAAUUCUUACAGAAUUGCUCAUCAAAGUCAGAAUGUGAAGGACUAGAUUUACCYGCAUUUCUGCUCACUCCAAUUCAACGGCUUCCUCGAUACGUUCUUCUUCUUCGACAACUUUCAAAGCACACUGAUGCAGGACAUCCUGACAGUUUCCAUAUAGAGAACGCCUUAGAAACUAUGAAGCAGAUGAUUAAUAUUCUAAAUGAUUCCAUUCAAAGCUCUUGCAAGCUUGCCAACAACUCACAGUUUCGACGAAGCUUCAAGAGAAAGUCCUUGAAGAAGAAGGGAAAAGAACUUCAGAAGAACAGGCAGAAUUCUCAGGAGAAUGAUAGAGGAUCUGUGGGAGCAAACAGCGUCUCGGCCCUGUCCCUAGAUUCCGCUGGACCAGGCAAUACUUGCUCGCAGGAUGGAUCGCCUGAGCGUAUUACGUCUCAAGCUGUUAUUUUAGAAGAGAAAGAAUCCCCCACCUUGUCUCGGCCUGCCAGUAUAGGAGACAAAGAAACAUACUAUGAACGAGACACCCACGAGGAGUUCGCCGCCAUUGAAGAGGAAGACAGUGACGAUGUAAAAGAUAACAAGAAUUCAGGGUGCGUCUCGAAUGAUUAAAUCGGAAUAAACUACAUUUACACAAGGUUGCCCUUUAGAACGAAAGGAGCUGCAACGUGGAAUGAAAAACUCCAAAACCUCGAAAUAAAACUAUGUGAGAGCGACCAGAAAUCAUGUCUGCAAACA